AUGGCCAAUGCGACUGCAUUCGUCCUUUCAAUGGGCAAGUUAGCUUGCAGAUAUGCUUAUGUAUCAAAGGGUUCUGGAAAUCAAGUUGCUACGUUCUCAGGAAUAAAUUACCUGCUACAUUUUCGCUAUCGUAGUAUAGCAUACACCACAGUUCUUAAAGAUAGUGCUCCAAUCGACAAGAAAUUACCGCCCGAACUGCCGGUAACUUGUUGUAUGAGUGGCUGUGCUAAUUGUGUUUGGUUAAAGUAUUGCGAAGAAUUAGUUGAGUAUUAUAAAGGUGAUAAAUCUCACGCUAAGCAAGCUCUAGAAAAAAUCGACGAUCCAAGUAUAAAAGCAUUGAUUAAACUGGAGCUUGGAAUUUAG